AUGCCGUUAUUUCGUCACUCUGGUGGUUCUGGAGGAUUCCCAACGGGAUUUCGUGUUCCGGCAAGUUUGUGCACAGAUACUCCUGCACAAGGCACCGCAACCUCCACUUUAACACAAUCACAACGGCGAGAACGUACUGUAGUCUAUCCAGAGAGCCGAGGUAUUACACAAGACGAUAUUACCGCAGCUCGUCUUGCGAAGAGGGCCCAUAUAGAGUAUCAUCAGCCUGUAAGAGAGAAACCUGCUGCUCGUACUGAAGGUGCUAAAGGAUAUGGAGAUGAAGAUGAAGAUGAUAAUGAUGGUGCCGCUGUGAUUAAACCUGCCUUAAGUAAUAAUAUUGCUCAUCCAGAAGGGGAUACUACAACUACUAAUACGACAGAGGGAAAGCUAGAGACCUCUCAAGAAAAGAGAGAGGAAGUAGAGAAUGAAGAAACAGAGGAAAAGAGUCAGGUAGUUGGACGCUAUCCUGUGAGUCCUAAUGGUUGUAUUUAUUUUCAAGUGGAAACAGAUGCGGCCACUAGACAUGAGUCCACUGGUAUUGUUAUUAUUAAUAUGGAUUUGCUUGGUGUAAUGAUGUACGAUCGUGCUGGACGACAACAUGGGAAUCGCCCAGAUCCUGGAUAUCCUAUAAAAGAAGAAGAAGCUGCAAAUGCCAAAGCAGGUACUACACUUAAAGUUGGUCCAAAAACUGUACUUCUCAUUACAGCAUUAAAGGAAGAAUCUUUCCGAAGUGGAGAAUUCUUUCUUAGUGCAGAACAUCAACUUCGAAAAAAAGAAGAAAAACAAAAAGCAAAAGCUGAAGCUGAAGCUGCUUCAGGUUCACGUCUCGUAAAACCUAAAAUGUCUUUUGGUAAAGGUUUACUUGGUUCUAUGUUUGCACAACCAGUUUUCCGAAAACGACCACUUGACGGACAGACAGGAUUUACAGUUCCUGUUGCUGGUCGUCCAAAGGUUGGAACAGGAGGAGUAAGGGCGGAGUUACAGCCAUUACAUGAUCCUGAUCGGGAAGGUGCCGUUAUUCUCUUUCGUGCAGAUUAUAAACGAGACUCUAAUGGCCGUCCAAUUGUUUCUGUUGUGGUGGAUCCUAUAAUUGGUGAUAAACUACGUCCACAUCAACGGGCAGGAGUUAAAUUUCUUUUUGAUUGUAUAACAGGUGAAAGAAUGCCAGGAUAUCAUGGUGCCAUUCUUGCAGAUGAAAUGGGACUUGGUAAAACAAUUCAAACUGUUGCGACUAUUUAUACUUGUAUCCGUCAAGGAAAACAUGGGGUUCCAACAGCUCGUAAGUGUCUUGUUGUAACUCCUUCUUCUCUUGUAAAAAACUGGUGUAAUGAGUUUGAUAAAUGGCUUGGUGUAGGUGCUGUAAAAUAUUUUGCUAUUUCAGAAUCUACACCAAAAGGAGAUCGUAUAAUAUCACGUUUUGAUGGUGAAGGUGAUGUCUUGGUUAUUUCUUAUGAUCAGCUACGCAAAUACAUUAAGCGUAUCUCAACCUUAAGAUCUGUUGAAUUAGUAGUAUGUGAUGAAGGACACCGUCUUAAGAAUGCUGAGGUUAAAACAACAAAAGCUGUUGAUUUACUUCCAACGAGAAACCGUAUUAUUCUAAGUGGUACUCCUAUUCAAAAUGAUCUCUCAGAAUUUCAUGCUAUGGUAGGUUUUGUUAAUCCUGGUAUAUUGGGUAGUCGUGAUGUUUUUGCACGUGUUUUUGAAGAACCUGUUAUGCAAGGUCGUGAUCCUGAUUGUCCUGAACAUUUACGAUCACUUGGUGCAGAACGAGCACACUAUCUUUCAAAUCUAACACAACGUUUUAUUCUUCGACGUACACAGUCAAUUAAUGAAUCUUAUUUACCUCCUAAAGUCGAUAUAACAGUUUUUGUAAAACUUGGUUCUUUACAGCGAACAGCAUACGAAAAAUUAUCUUCUCUUAUAGAAGAUUCACAUUGUACACCACUUGUUCUUAUCUCUGCAAUGCGUAAGUUAUGCAAUCAUAUGGACCUUUUCCAUGAAGCAGUAAUACAUUCAAAUAAAGAAGAAUCAGCUGACCGCAGCAUACCAAAAUCAGUUCUUCCAAAAGGCUAUAAAACAGGAACACUUUCUGAAGCUGCUGGUAGCAAAAUGCAUUUUGUCUCUCUUAUGCUAGAUGAGUUAAGAAAUAAUGGAGAUCGUGAUAAACUGGUAAUUGUUUCUAAUUUUACACAAACACUAGAUGUCAUAGCUGCCAUGUGUAAAAUAAAAAGAAUUAGUUUUUUUCAACUUGAUGGCAGCAUGCCUAUAAAGAAACGUCAGGAAGUAGUGGAUCGGUUUAAUGUCCCUGGUUCACAAGAAAUUGUUUUUUUACUAUCUUCAAAGGCAGGUGGUGUGGGAUUAAAUCUUAUAGGAGCAAAUAGACUUAUUCUAUUUGAUCCUGAUUGGAAUCCUGCAAAUGAUGCACAAGCAAUGGGACGAGUUUGGCGUGAUGGACAGAAAAAACGUGUUUUUAUUUACCGAUUACUCAGUACAGGUUGUAUUGAGGAAAAGAUAUAUCAACGGCAGGUAAGUAAACAAGGACUUUCAGCUAAUGUUGUUGAUAUGCAGAGUGAUUCCAAACAACAUUUUACAUUGGAGGAACUCCGUUCACUUUUUCGCUACCGUGGAGAUACUCCGUCCGAUACACAUGAUCUACUUCACUGUAAAGGAUGUGAGGCAGUGAUGGAAAUGUCAAGCGUUAAACAAAAAGAACCAGAAGUAACAAUGAAGUUUCGACGUGUAGGUGAAAAGAAAAGUGGUCCUCGAAUGGACGAAUUAAAAGGGUGGAGACACUUUAUACGGUGUGAAACAUUUCCACUAGACAAAGUUCUACGUGCUAUUGCCGCCGCAGCACCUGGACUUUGCAGCUUCAUCUUUGCGGAUGAGCGUGACAAUACCGCUACAAUAAAAAACAAAGAUACAAAUACUCAAAAAGGUGUGACAGUACAUUCUACAACCGUACAGAUAGAACGGCCAUUUGCACAAGAUGAAGAACAGAUUAUCUGUGCUAGUCAGGCCGAGGAACAGUCAGAAGACACAGACUUUGAAAUUGAACUUCAUAACGAGGAGGAAGACGAAGACGAGGAAGAGGAAGAAGAAGAAGAAGAGGAAUUCGUUGACGAUGAUGAUGAUGAUGAUGAUGAUGAGUGA